AUGGAUAAGCAGGAGCUACUGGCCCGCUCCCAGGUGUUAGAACCCCACAUGCUGACUGGAGACGAUUAUUUUUCCAUGGACACCAAGGGCCAUCUCCAGGAGCAUUGGAUUUGGUAUUGGAUUGAUAAGCUAUUCGAGCGGGAGAAGGAGAAUGUGCAGCUGAAAUCGAGGCUGCACCACCUACAGUUGGCCCAGGACACAGACCAGAAAUGCCUUGAGGAGCUGCAGGAAGAGAACAUGGCCCUCAAGACUGCACAGGGGCAGAGUGUGGAGGAGUCCGCCCACCUGCACUGGGAGCUGGAGCAGCUGUCAGAGGCCUCCAGCUGCUUCCUGAAGCUGGACAAGGAGAAGCAGAGCCUCCAGGACACCAUCCAGGGGCUGCGGGACGCCUCCCUGGCCCUGCAGGAGAGCAGCCUCCAGCGCCGGGAGCUAGAGAAGGAGAACCAGCAGCUCAGAAAGCAGAUUGAAGACUGGCAAGUCCAGAUGGAAAGAGAAGAGCAGGCCAGCCGGGAUCUGGCGACUCUCUGUGAGGAGCUGGUGGAGGAGAGAGAACAGCUGCUCCGUGACAUCGAGACCCUGAAGGCUGAGGAAGCCCAGGAGUUCAAGGAUCUUAAACAACUGGUGCGUUCGCUGCGGGAGAGUUCACAGACCAGCAGCAAAGCCCGCAUGAAGGGCCAGAAGACUGAGAAAAAAGUGCUUCUCCAGACAGUGACGGACACCAAAAGGAAAGUGACCAUGAUGGAGUGGGAGCGGCGGCAGCUGUGCGGGGACCUGGAGCAGGUGAGGGAGCAUGUGGUGCGGGCACAGAAGCUGGAGCAGGAGCUGCAUCGGCUGCAGGAGGAGAUCGAGAAGCUGGCCGUGGAGGUCAGCGCCCUGACGACGGCCCCUGAGAGGGUCCAUGCCCUCGAGCGGGAGAGCCCGGACCUGUUGCUGGAGAACCGGAGGCUGCAAACGUCUCUGGACACCCUGCAGCCCGAGGGCCUGGAGCAGGACAAGCAGCUGGACACCAAGAACACGCAGCUCCAGCACCAGCAGCUGGCGGCAGCCCACAAGGCCCUGCAGCAGGAACACGCGUGCCUGGGCGCGCUCCACGAGCACCUGACUAGGGAGCACGAGGCCCUUCUGGACAAGUACCGCCACCAGAAGACACUGCUGCGUCGGACCCUGAAGCUUGAGAGCAAGGCUCUCAGUGACAGAUACAAGGACCAGCUCCAACAUAAGGCGGCGCUGGAGCAGCUGGGGACGCUCUUGACCACCGAGCGGGAGGCUCUGCAGCAGGAGCAGAGGACGAGCGCCAUGGCUGCCGAGGAGAACCAGAGGCUGCAGUGAGAGCUGGACAGGGCCAAUUCCCUGCACCAGCAGCUGAAAGGGGAGCAGGAGGAGCUGCAGACCCACACUAAGAAGCUGCAGACCUCCCUGAACGACACCCAGCUGCAGGUGAACUGCUGGCAGAACCAGUGCAACUGGCUGAGGGAGGAGCUCCAGAGCACGGACAUCUCGCUGACCGAGCUGGACAACCGCGGCCAGCUGCUCUCCCGCCUCAAGGGCAACUUGGAGGGAGAAAACCGUCCCCUGCAGAGCCAAAUCCAAAGGCUGAAAGAGCAGAACCAGAGGCUUCUCCAGGAGGACGUGGAGGACAAGGACCAGCACCAGGAGGAGCAGCAGCUGUACGUAGACAAAUUAAAUGCCUUACAGAGACAAAAUGAAAAACUGGAAGAAAAAAGCAUGGCUCAGCACAACUUCCAUGAUCCAGCACCAAAGAAGAAAAAGCACUGGAUUGGAGCCAAAGUCUUAGUCAAACUCAUCAAACUAAAGAAAGGGGGAUCCAGAGAACGACCAAAGUCAACCCCACAGAGGCCUCCCUGGCCGCUGGGGUCCUCAGACCAGGCCUCGCCCAGUACUUCUCAGCCUCUUCAAUCACAGCUGGAACCCCUCGAGGCCACCCCAUGCUGCUCAAAGGUGACAGAAGAGCAAGCAGGGGGCCCAGGGGAAAAGGUAGGAAGGGCUUACCUGACUGCAGGCGGGAAGUGA